AAUUAAUAGCUUCAGUCGACCCCUGGCCGUCGUCGUGGUUGCGCGGUUUUUUUGUGUGCUGCUUCGCAGAGUAACAGAAGAGAGAGAUACCCCUAGUGCUGGUUGCGGAGGAUUUUCGAUCCCCGACCCCGUCGUCUUCAACCGUCGUCGUUCGUUCAGGUUGUUUUGUUCUCUGGUGUCCCGAAACGGUCGUGCCGUGUGCCUGUGCUGUGCGUGAUUCGAUUCCGAUUCGAAUCUUCCUCCGAUGGUGUGUCCUGUUCGGGGGUGUCCGUCCGCGUGAAAACAAAACAAAGUGUGCUUGAAGAUUAAUCUCCUCCCGGGGUAUUCUAACUGGGUGUCGUAGAAGUCCCUAACGAACAGCAGCGAAGAUUCGUUGCCUGCCGUAUUGCACACGGUUGAACCUGGCAAUCCAAGAGCAACCGUAGCUAUCGUGUGAACAUACCGUGUGCAGAUUGCACCGAAGAGCGAAGGAACGGAAGGCACAGCGUGCCAGGCCUGCCACUGUGCCGAAGGAUACUUUUCUGCGUUUUUCGUUGGUUUGCGAGGGAGUGACACCAGUGCGGUGAAGCAGCGAGUUGAUCAGAAGCCGUUAGAUACGGUUUCGCAACUUUAAUCAUGCAAAGUGUUAAUCCAUUAAAGUAGCGAAGAGCGAGGCAUGCAAAGUGUGUUAGGGCCUAGCGUGAAUGCCUACAAAAGAAUCAAACUGGAUUGAAUGAGGUUGAACGGCUGCAAAAUUUGAAUUCCAUGUGUUGGUCAUAGAUAUGGCGAUUGAUCGAUGUGCGUACUGCGGUACUGAAGUAGAAUCUAUGUCGUGUAGGCUGAAGGCUGUACUGCCAGCCAUUGCGAUUUGAAGUGACCAAAAACAAAGUAAUAGCGAAGAAUUGACCAGCGAAGUGACAUCGCGUCAUCUAACUUAGCAAAAGAAACCCAGUGCACGCAAGCCGUGCACCUCUCACUAGUGUUAUCAGUCGGUGUAUUCUACGUGUUAAACAACAGAGUGUGAAUUGUUACAACAGAAAAAAACAAGUGCACUAGCGAAGAUGAUGGAUGCAUCGGCAGUGGAGGCCCGCGGUUGGUACGACAACCAGCGGCUAGCGGCGGAGAGUUCGCUCGGACCGUCGGCAGCGUCGGUAGCGGCGGCUGCGGCGGCCUCGCUCGGUCAGCAGUCCGGUGCCGGUGCCGGCGUUGAUACGUCCGACAUGAAUGCAUUCUAUCGAUUCGAGAACGGUGCAGCGGCGGCCGCAGCGCACCGACGGUACUACCCAACGGGCUACGGAACGCACGCCUCCCGGAUGUCCCCGCACUUGACGCCCCAGGUGUGCAGGCCGCACUUUCCCAGCCCGCUGUCCUGGUUCAACGAGUCCACGAAACCGUUCGCGGCCAGCGGCAGCUGGAGCAGUCCCUUCAGUUGUCCCCAGGACCCGCAAGAAACCAAACAGAGUCAGCUGCAAAGCAGUCAAUCGGCCGCCGGUCAGCACCUGUUCUCGUUCCCGCCAACCCCGCCAAAGGACUCCACGCCGGACUCGGUGCAGACCACCCCGACGGAGUACCAGACCACCCUGAACAGCUUUAUGCACCACAGCCAGACGUCGGCGUCCAGCGGGCUGAACGCGACCGGAUCCGGCUCUAACAACAACAACUCCAGCCUAUCGUCCCAGGCGGACAACUGCGGCAUCGACGUGAAACCCUGCCUAACCGGAGGAUCGCUCAGCGAUCGGACCGGAGUGUCCGAGGUGGAACAGAACCAGCCAAAACAUCGGGAAGGUACGAACGGCAAUAGCAAUAACAACAAUAACAACAACAGCAGUUCCGGGUCCAGUGCCAAUAGUCAUGGGGGAAGUAGCGGAAGCAGUAGUAGUGCCACCAGUGGGGCGUACCACAACUCUGCCAACUCGUUCGGCAUGUUCGACCAGACGCACGGCAGCGGCGGGUAUGACCACACCGGGGGCUACGGGUUCCACCAGAGUGGCGGCCACGGGAUCGGAGGAGGUGGCGGUGGUGGAGGCGGCGGCGGGGGUCUCGGUAGCAAUGGGGGAUCGUACCAGCAGAGCUCCCGGCCGCCGCUCAUGAACAGCUCCCACAUCAAGGCGCAACGGGCCAAAGCGAAAUCCAGUGCCGAAGGCCGAGAGUGCGUCAACUGCGGUGCCACCUCGACGCCCCUAUGGCGACGGGACGCCACCGGUCACUACCUGUGCAAUGCCUGCGGGCUGUACUACAAGAUGAACGGCCAGAACCGGCCGUUGAUCAAACCGAAGCGGAAACCAGUUACCUCCCAGCAGAGUGCUGCCCGGCGGGCGGGAACAUCUUGCGCCAACUGCAAAACGACAACCACUUCGCUGUGGAGGAGGAACCAAAGCGGAGAACCAGUUUGCAAUGCCUGUGGAUUGUACUACAAGUUGCAUAAUGUGGAUCGACCGCUCACAAUGAAAAAGGAAGGCAUCCAAACCAGGAAUCGCAAACUGACGGCCAAAUCGAAAAAGCGGAAAUCGACGCCCGGCUACAGCUUCUCCUUCGGUGAUCUCAUGAACCCUCUGGACCACAACAAGUCCUUCCCGGGGGCGUUCCCAACGUCGAUGGGACAACACGCCCACCUUUCCGGAGGUCUGCAUCCGGCCCAUUCGCACAUGCACAGCGGAUGGUACACUACGGGGCUGGGAUCGCUCGGGUCGUCCAGCAGUUUGCAGAACGGGUUCAGCAGUGGGGCCCCACUGGGAACGGGAGCCGUGGCGCAUCCACAGUCGGCGUACCACCUGGGGCUGAAUUCGAUGAGCUGGCGAUCGGAAUACACGUGACUAAUGGGACAGUAAAUCCGGACUGAAAUCGCAACCGUACCAUCCCCACCAGCGCUACUCGAGGAAGGCACUUCUGUGUGACCUAAACCGUUGUCGGCUAUGGAGAGAAAAAAAAAAAAGCAAACCAAUCACGGGUUCUCAAACACACGUACACACCAUCACACUCACCACACUACACAGUCGUCUUCAUCUGGGUUCGAGCGCCCGGGCUCGUCCUUACGCAGCCGUAUCAGUUUGAUAUUAGUACAAUUUUAGAUUUGUAACGAAAUCCUUAAAACUCGCUAUCGGUGCACUCCUUCCACCACUUCCCCGUCCGCAUCCCGGUUAUCUUCCUCGAAACUUCCGCACAUCCCUCUCCUCCAACGAUAAUUAGCUGCUGAUUUAUCGCCAUCAGUUCGUCACUUUUUCGGGGCUUCCUUCUCGAGUAUUCAAUCGCUUACGUAAACGUGUUCAACGUUUUGCUCCAUCAAUUUUGGGGCCAGGAAAUGAGUGCGACAGAUUGCAAAUCUUCAAACGCAUAAACUCUCACGCGGCUUUGGUGUAGCGCAGAGGUUCUCACACCACUUUUCGACGCGGAUCACUUCUUCUGUUGUCAAUCGAUUUUCAGUUACACUGAAAGAAAAUGUUAUUUGAUUCUCAUAAGCCACAUCUGUUCAACUCGCUUAAUGUGAAAUCGGAUUCGAAUGAAAUGAUUAAAUAUUACCGAUAUUUUUUAAUUUAAAAGAUGUUGGGAAGUAAAAAACAAUAUCUUUCAAGUAGGUAUUUAUUUUCAGUGUAUGAACUGGCAUAAUCAAUAACUGCUACUUGAAGUUUCCGACAAAUCAAAAGAUGACACUUGUGAAAUAAUUGGGAUAGGCCAUUGAAAAGUACACUGAAAAUUGUUAUUCAACUUUUUGUUGUGCCAACAUUUUUUAAUUUUAUUUUUUUGGAAAAACUUUGGUUUCCAAUUCUGAAAAUGAUUGUUAACCACUGAUCAACUUCAAAAACUAAUCACAGCUCGAGUGAAACAUAUCCAGCGCCACGGCUCCGGCUGAUGGAAAGCCGUUUAUCUGUUCGUUAGCAUCGACCGCGAAAAUAAAGUCCAAAUCUGUCAAAACAGGAGCAGAAACUGGCACUUAUCAGCCCGUUCGGAUCGCACCCACAUAAAGCUUUGGGCGCGAUUUUGAUGGAAGAGUUAUGACCUACCCUCGCACCUUGUUUCCCAUCCGCUGCACCCUCUCUUCCACCAAGACAUACUUCCCGGUUUCAUCAAACUCAUCACCACACCACUUUCAAAACCACAAAAAAAUCUACAAGAAAUACUAAAGGAGUAGUGUUUGUAACAUAUAGAUAAACCACCAGCAACCCACCGAUGGAAAAAAGAAAACUACAAACGCGAACGUGGUCUGGGCCACGGCUCGCUGGGUUCGCUGUCAAAAAGUGCAAAGAUUUAGAUAGUUUAGAUUCAUCUUAGGUUCAUUGUCGCCCGUGUUCGGCGCGGGCGAAAGGAGUUUUUAUUUUAUUAUAUUUUAUUUUAUUGUCUAAUAUUAUGAACUGUAUUAAUAUUAUUGCCUAAAUAUUAUUAUUAUCAUUUGUUGUAGCUCGAAAUUGCGUUAGUUAGCACAAAUUGAGGCAGAGAGAAAGAGAGAGAAAAAAUAUGCAACUGAAGAAAAACCACCAGGAGGUUUAAUCGCAAAGUAGUCACAGACUGUUGCAUGAAAAAAAAUGAAAAACGUGUAAAAUAAUUGAAUAGAUAUAAGCGCAAACUGAUGCGAUUUAUAAUGAACAAACAAAACAGAAAAUAACAAAAAAAAACUUGAAAAACGAUGUAAUAAAAAGAUCACCUGUACAAAGUGUAAAUUUAAUAUUUGAAUGGACAAAUAGCUACAUAGUACGAUGUAAAUACCAACUAAAUAAAGAAACUAUAUGAAUGGAUAGAAACCCUUAAUGUAUAGACUCAGCGCUCAAUAUGGAACACAAAAUAUCGGAUUUUAACGGAAAAGCAGACCUACUAAACCCACACCGAAGGAAAAAUUUCAGAAACA